AUGGGUGAGUCCAACGUGACCUUCGGCGCCGAGGGCCCGGCGAACGCCUCGGCGGGCAGGAACGCCUCGGCCAGGGGCGCGCGGGAGGAGGUGCCCGCUGUGCUCUGGGUCAUCAUGGGCAUCUCCCCGCUGGGCUUCGUGGGGAACGGCGUGCUCCUCUGGUUCCUGUGCUUCCGAGUGCGGAGGAGCCCCUUCACCGUCUACAUCACCCACCUGUCCGUGGCGGACCUCUCCCUGCUGCUCUGCAUCUCCCUCCUGACCGUGCACUACACCCUGGGCUUCCAGCUCUCGGCCGGCUUCAACUACACCGUGGUCACCUUGUCCGCCACCUUCCUGUUCGGCUACAACACGGGCCUCUACCUGCUGACGGCCAUCAGCGUGGAGCGGUGCCUGUCCGUCCUGUUCCCCAUCUGGUACCGGUGCCAUCGGCCCCGGCACCAGUCGGCGCUGGUCUGCGCGCUCCUGUGGGCCCUGUCCUGCCUGGUCACCGCCAUGGAGUACGCCCUGUGCAUCGACAACGGGAGGCCGGGCUACGCCCAGAGCCGCUGCCGGCCCGUGAUCAUCCUCAUCGCCGUGCUCAGCUUCCUGGUCUUCACGCCCCUCAUGGUGGCGUCCAGCGCCGUCCUGCUGGUCCGCGUCCGCAGGAACGCCCGGGCGAACCCCUCCUCCAAGCUGUACGUGGUCAUCGCGGCCACCGUCGCCGUGUUCCUGGCCUUCGCCGUGCCCAUACGGGUCCUCUACCUGCUCUACUACGAGUUCUGGUCCACCUUCGGGGACGUCCACGACGUGUCCGUGCUCUUCUCCGCCGUCAACAGCAGCGCCAACCCCUUCAUCUACUUCUUCGUGGGCAGCAGCCGCGAGCGGCGCUUCCAGGAGCCCCUGAGGGUGGUCCUGGCCCGGGCGUUCAAGGACGACACGCAGCCCCGGCGCCCGGGCGGCGGCCCCCCGGCCCAGUCCGCCGUCUGA